AUGCACAAUCUGGUCGAACACGUCGAUAUCCCUACGAACAUGACGUCCUGGGCCGUCAAGAGAAUCGUUUCCCGCUUUGAUGAGCAGCAGCGGCUCUUUAGCUGGGUCAUCGGCCCUCAGGAACAGCCUCUUCUAGAGACCAUGCUGCGGGGCGCACAGCUUUGGUGCGAAGAGCUCGCGCCCACAUUAUCUGUCGACCUUCACUAUCGUGACGAUCUCUUCUCCGAAAUGAAACAUCCCGCCCCAAGCUCGGCGAUGCCGCCAGCGAGGAUAGAGGAUAGCGAUACAUUGCCUGUGCCAGAGAGAUUCUCCUGGGACCUACAAUCGGAUAGGUCGACACCUCGGUCCGAGGUUCUGAGAAACGCCGAUACCUUGUGGUCCAACCGCAGACAAGCCCAUGUUCAGAGGCUCAAAGGCGUGCCAGAGUCGACUUUUCAUCAUUUCCAGCCCUCAAAUUACUCGCAGGCGGCAAUGGGUCCCUUGUUCCAAACUGGCGGCGAUCGGAAUCAGCCAGAACAGGUUUCGGAAGCCAUGCCUGACAAGGAUGGGGCGGGUGUGUUGGAUUUUGAAACGGCCGUAGGGGUCUUCGAGAAGCUCAAUGUCAAUGACGCGGAUCCAAAUCGUGUCGAGAGACUCCGAACUCUUCCGGAUGGCACAAAACUAUACCUUUUGGUAGACCGAACCGAAGUGGAAGAAUGGGUGCGCACGUGGGCAUACGAGGCGGAGCCGGGGUCGGCAAAUGUCGAGCACUGGACGAAUAUAUACUCCAAGCUGAUUGAGCUGCUGCCACCCAAUCAGUUCAAAAUGUUUGCAGCGCGAAAUUCCACGUCAGGCUCUUCCGGACAGAAGCAAGAUCACAGGGCAGGAGAGAUGAUUGGCGUCGGCUAUGUCCACCUUUACUCCGGGGUGGCAUCCAUCCACUGCAUCACGGUGCUGCCUCAGCACCGCACCAAGGGUCUGGGAUCCGCCCUCACGCGCUACGCAAUGGGCAUCGGCAAGGACAUGGGCCUUCACAUGGCCAUGCUCACUGCGUCGACGUCAUCACCUUCGUAUGGAGGAAAAGCUGCAUUGUUUAGCCAGCUCGGAUUCAAGGAGUUCGGGAGGGUCAAGAUGUACGUGUACCGGCCGCUGCGUUUGCCGGACACGGCAAUGCUGGCUUCAGACAAGAUUCGCGAGGCAGAGAACGAGGGUUGGGAAUGGGUUGAUGAUGAUGAGGACGAGGAUAGUGAUUGA